AUGGAGAACUGGCUGAAAGAAACUGGAGCGGUAGGCUUGGACAACUUGGAGCUUGCCGAUUUCCCAAUCACCGGGCGGGGUGUCAGAACACUGAGGCAUUUCAAGGAAGGGGAAAAGAUCCUCACCAUUCCAUGCGGCAGCCUCUGGACAGUCGAACAGGCUCAUGCCGAUUCCCUUCUGGGGCCAGCCCUUCGCUCUGUGCGGCCGCCAUUGUCUGUAGAAGACAUAUUGGCUACGUACAUCCUUUUCGUCCGAUCGCGUGAGUCGGGAUACGACGGCUUGCGAAGCCAUGUGGCGGCGUUGCCUUCAAGUUACUCUUCCAGCAUCUUCUUUGCGGAGGAGGAGUUGGAGGUUUGCGCGGGCACUUCGCUGUACACCGUCACGAAGCAACUGGAGCAACGGAUCGAGGAUGAUUACAGGGCAUUAGUCAUGCGAUUGCUUGUACAGCAUCGGGAUCUUUUUCCACUCGAACAAUUUACUAUUGAAGAUUACAAAUGGGCCCUCUGCACCGUGUGGAGUCGUGCAAUGGAUUUUGUACUGCCGGGUGGAAAUUCGAUUCGACUUUUGGCGCCAUUCGCAGACAUGCUGAAUCACUCGGACAAUGUUAAACAGUGUCACGCCUACGAUUCCUCAUCUAAAACCCUCUCUGUUCUUGCGGGGAAAGACUACGAAGCCGGGGAUCAGCUCAAGCUCUGGGCAUCGGCUCGACUCGAUCCAACCUCUACUAUUUCCCUCACUCUCACCGAUCCGCUACCAAACGAUGUCCUUCGAUACCUCCGUAUUCAGCGAUCGGAUGCAUCAGAACUCGCUGGCAUGGCGUGUCAGCGAAUCGAUGCUGCGGAGAAAAUCAGCGAUUCCAACGAAGUGGAAGUCUUGCGGUUUUUGGUGGAAUCGCUUAGUGGUCUUCUAAAAAAUUUCGGAACGCAACUGGAAAAGCUAGAAGAACAACUCGCGGAGGGUGUCUAUGCAUCGGGGGGGAAUGCAUGGGCUGCGGCGCACGUUAGCUCGGGCGAACAGCGGGUGUUGAGAUUGGCGAGAAAGAGAGCAGAGGACCUGUUAGCGGCAGUAGAGAGCAGAAGUGAGAAUGGGAAGGGUUCUUUGCCGGCACAGGCGCAAUGCGCGAAUUGCGGAAAGGCUUCAGUGCCGUUGAUGUUGUGCGCGAGGUGUAGAGCCAUCAGUUAUUGCGGGCGGAACUGUCAGGUCGCUCAUUUUAGUGAGCAUAAGGUCAUAUGUCGAAUUACAGCUUCUAGGAAUGUAUGA